AUGGCAAAUAUAAUUGAGGGAACAUCAUACCAAAAGAAGAGAAGUUUAUUUGAUGCAGUUUAUCAAAAAUUAAUAAAUAAUGGUUCCCCAAAUUUAUCAGAUCAUAAUUACAAUAAUGGAAAUACUAGUUUCACAAGUGGAAAAAUAAAUAAAAAGAAAUUAAAUUCAUCAAAAACAUCAACAUCACCAAUUGAUUUAAAUCAAUUAUAUAAAUCAUUUCAAGUUUUUCAAGGCGCACAAUUAUCAGUAUGGCAUGAUACAGCUGGACCAGUGAUAGAACAAUCAUGGUAUUAUAAAGAGUUACCAUUAGAUUUUAAACAAUUCAUAGCAAGACAAACAUUAUGUGGUUUAGAUCCAAAGAAUACAUGUGAUGAAUUUAGAUUCAACAUUUAUUCUGAUCAAGGUGUUUUAGUAUUAUCUCAUAUUUUCAAUUCAAAAUAUAAUGAUAGUUUAACAAAGUUUGCUCUAUCACUUUAUUUAUCAAUUAAUUUCUUUAAUGAUUAUUUACCAAUUCAUGAUAUAAUAGUUGAUAGAAUAACUUGUUUAUCUUGUAAAUUAUUAAAAAUGUAUACUUUAAAUUUAAUAGAUCAAUCAGAUUUAUUUACAAAAGAAUUAGUAUUAACAAUGAUAAAUAUUGAACAUUUAUUUUUAUCAAAUUACAAUGAGAAAUGUGGUUCAAUAUCAGUAUCAAAUACAUGUUUUAAUGAUAGUAAAGUUGAUCAAGACUUUUUAAUUAGAGUAUUAACUUCACAUUUUCAAACAUAUGGUUCAACAAUUAUCAUUGGUAGUAAUGCUGAUUUAGUUUAUCAAUGGAUGGAUACAAUUUAUUUAUUUUUAACACCAAAAGAAAGAAAAUUAACAACUCGUAAUUUAAAUUUAAAAGAAUAUAUACCUGAUAUAAUGAUUCAGGGUUUUUUAAAUGAAAAUAGUAUAAAUAUAAAUAAUAGUAUAAAUAAUAAUAAUAAUAAUAUGAAUAAUAGUAGCAAUAGUAUAAAUAAUAAUAAUAAUAAUAAUCAUAAUCAUUUAAAUAGUAGUAAUAAUAUAAAUAAUAUAAAUAAUAAUAAUAAUUCAUGGUUAAAACAAAUUGAUGAAAGAUUACAUUUUUCACUUAGACCUUCAACAGUAGUUGAUUUAGAUAAAGGUAUUGUUUAUCAAACAAAGAGGAAUCAUGAAUAUGUUGAUAAGAGAAUUGACUUAUUUUCAAAGUUAAUUGUAGAUAAUUAUCAUCAAGGUAAAGAGUUUGAAAAUUUAACACCUUUUAAAAAUUCAAAUUCAAUAUUUAUUACUAAAAUGGUUAAUGAAGUAUUUCAAUUACCAUUUCAUUUAAAAGAAGUUUUCUUAAUGCAAUCAAUUAAAAGUUUAUUAAGAAAAUCUUCAAUUGUUAUUACAACACUUCAACAUUUGUCGUUUACACCAGCAAUUGAACAAAAAUAUAAGAUUUCACAACUAUUUACACCACCAUUAAAUGAAGUUGAUAUUGAAUUAUUAUAUGGAUUGGCAGAAAAACUUCAAUUUUACUUAUUUGUAUCAGUAACUAAACCAGAGUCAUUUGGUCUUGAAGAUACAAUUAUGGAAAUUUUAGCACUAUAG